CUCAUUUCGUUAUUAGAACUGCAAACAUGCUCCACCUCCAACUCCGUCUCCAUGUUUCGGCCGCCUCCUCCAAAUGUAGGCAGUUUGCUAAGGGGAAGCCUCGGCCUACCAGUCUAGCUGUGUUGCCAAACAGUCGCACUCCCAUUCCUAUUUUUCGUACUCCUAGGACUUCAGCAGCAGUUUCCAGUGUCAUCAGUGCUUGUGGUGAUCCGGAGAAGAAGAGCUUCUGGGGUGCCGUCAGCUUGAUUAUUGGGACCGCCGUUGGGCCUGGCAUGCUGGGUUUGCCGGCUGCCACCAUCCGAUCCGGCCCACUUCCGUCCACCCUUGCCAUUCUCCUCUCUUGGGUCUAUGUCAUCUCCUCCAUCCUCCUCGUGGCCGAGCUCAGCUUUGCUGCCAUGGAGGAAGACGGCCUCCAAGAGGUAAGCUUUACCGGGCUUGCUACAAGAGCGUUAGGAAGUCAAUUUGGUGCUUUCAUUGCUCUGGUCUAUGCAUCUUUGAGCUUUGCUUUGUUAGUCGCAUGUGUUUCUGGAAUCGGUUCGAUUGUGUCCCAGUGGUUUCCAUUAUUGAAUCCUCUAAUGGCUAAUGCUGUAUUUCCUGUUGCGAUUGGCUCAAUCAUUAUGUUCUUCCCCUUCAAUGCAAUUGAUGCUGCAAAUCGUUUUCUAUGCUUCAUUAUGCUCCUCUCUAUAACUGCUCUUGUGGGCAUUGGUUUCUCCGUGUCCAGAGCCAACUUGUUUGCUUCACUCGGCAAUGCCUCUUGGCGCCUUUCCUCAAUCUUACCUGCAAUACCUGUUACCGUGCUCACUUUGGGAUUCCAUGUUAUCACCCCUUUCAUUUGUAAGAUUGCUGGCAACACACUCUCCGAAGCUCGCAAAGCCAUUCUCUUUGGCGGGGCAGUUCCCUUGCUCAUGGUUUUGUCUUGGAACUUCAUUGUCUUGGGCCUUGCCGCUCCCAAUGCCCCCUCUUCCACAUCUGACCCUAUCUCCCUUCUCCUUUCUGUCAAUCCCUCCGCUUUAUAUGCGGUCCAAGGGUUCGCCUUCUCGGCUUUGGCAACUAGCUUGAUAGGAUAUGCUGUUAGCUUCCCAAAACAGCUUCUUGAUACUCUCCAGUUGAUACUAGGAAGAAUGAAACUGCAUUCUCAUACUAGUGGUUUUGGAAGAAUUGGAUUUGCUGUUUAUGCAGGAAGGCCAAAUCUUGGAAAUGAAGGAAGGGUUUCAUUUACGACGAAUCUAGCUACUACCGCUGCCUCAGAAGCUGAUUGGGGAUCCAAGUCAUCCAAUAUUAAUAUGUUUGUAAUGCCGAUUGUGCUUGGUGGUCCAGUGUUCAUUGCUUCUUUCUUCCGUUCCACAUUUUCCAGAGCUCUUGAUUUCUCUGGGCUUUACGCAAACUGCUUUCUAUUUGGUAUCCUUCCUCCAGUAAUGGCUUACAUACACCAUACCAGGAAGAAACCAAGGUCAUCCAUUUUGCCUGGGGGAGAUGGAGCACUGCUACUCCUCUUCGGAAUCGCCGUCAGUUUGGGGAUUUGGCAUUAGAUGGCUGCUAGGUAGAAAUCUCAACAACUCCAAGCGGUCACAAGUAAUACAAGAAGGAGAAGAACAUGUCUGGAUCAAGGAGCUAGAUGAAGAUGGAUCUCUCGAGCAUAGAAGGAAAAUCCCUCCACCAAUGAUCUAUUCCCUCCGGCCACCGUUUCAGCAGCCUUCAGACUUCUUGGAACCGUGCUACCUGCUGCUGCAAGCUAGGGACAGCAGCACCUCACUCUCCGACGCCAAACAGUC